AUGUCGAAGAUCUCCAAGGUUAACCAUGCGGCGGGCAUCUUUGCUGACAUCUCCGUCGAUGGUCCUAUUAUCGGUACCUUGGUCGCUAUCAUCGACCGAGCCAAGAAUCUACCCAACCGAAAGACUAUGGGCAAGCAGAAUCCCUAUGCUGCAGCACGAUUGGGCAAGGAGGCAAAAAAGACUCAGACAGACUUACGAGGAGGCCAGACUCCCCGAUGGUAA